AUGGCGAGGACCACGCAAACUUCGUCGUGGAUGGCCACGACUUUACACUUAUUUUGCUGUUGUUUGCUGAUAUCUGAUAUUUUUGCUGUCAGCCGAGACAAUUUUAAGACAUGUGAUCAAAGUGGGUUUUGCAAACGUCACAGGGCAGUUCCACCAGGAGAAAGUCCCUAUGUUGUUCUCAUGGACUCACUCAAAAUACAAUCAACAAAUGUGCAAGUUCAAAUAUUAAAUACUAAGAACAAUGUAAGACUACUGCUAGAGCUUUAUGGCUUACAAGAAAACACUGCAAGAUUGAAAAUAAAUGAAUUAAAUCCUAUUAAACCACGAUUUGAGAUUCCAAUUGGUGACGUUUUGGUUGGUGAACCCAAGCAACAAGGGGUAAAAAUUAUCGACAAAAAUGACCAGAGUGUGACAUUUGGUCUUGAAAAUAACAAGAUAGUACUUACAGCAAAGCCAUUCCGUGUGGACUUCUUCACAGAGGGAGACCAUGUUGUAGGUGUCAAUGCGCAAGGAUUGCUCAAAUUUGAACAUCUCCGCACAAAGCCAGAACCAAAACCUGCUGAGCCCGACACCCAAGAAAAUCCUGAUGGAGAAGAAAACAAGGAUGGAGAUAAUGCAGAAGAAGAAAAGAAGGAGGAAGAAGUUGCAGCUGAAUCACAAGAUCAGCCACCUGAAGAACCUGAUCUGUGGGAGGAAUCUUUUAAGGGAUUUGCUGACAGCAAACCCCAUGGUCCAGCAUCAGUGGGAAUGGACAUUGGAUUUCCAGGCUUUGAACAUGUGUAUGGUAUACCAGAGCAUGCAGAAUCACUUGCAUUGAAAUCAACAAAAGACACAGAACCCUACCGCCUCUUUAACUUGGAUGUGUUUGAGUAUGAGUUAUACAACCCAAUGGCCUUGUAUGGUUCUGUUCCGUUUAUGAUUGCACACAAUGAGAAGAGAACAGUUGGGAUAUACUGGAACAAUGCUGCGGAGACUUGGAUUGACAUCCGCUCUAAUGUAGCAGACAAGACGUUUUUGUCUAAGGUAGCUGAUCUCGUGAAGGGAAGUUCUGACAUUCCUCAGACUGAUACUCACUGGUUCUCUGAGAGUGGAAUUAUCGAUCUGUUCAUCAUGAUGGGGCCCUCACCUAAACAGGUCUUCAAACAGUACGCCACACUCACAGGAACCACUCCUCUGCCUCCAUUGUUUGCCAUUGCCUACCAUCAGUGCAGAUGGAACUACAAUGACCAGGAUGAUGUUAAAAACGUUGAUGCUAACAUGGACAAGUUUCAGUUUCCUUAUGAUGUUAUAUGGCUGGAUAUUGAACACACUGAUGGUAAAAGAUAUUUCACUUGGGAUAAGGACAAGUUCUCCCACCCUGAGGACAUGAUCAACAAUGUAGCUGCCCGUGGCAGGAAAAUGGUCACCAUUGUAGACCCACAUCUAAAGAAGGACGAUAACUUUGGUGUGUAUGCAGAUUGUAAAAACCAUGAACUCUCAGUGAAGAACAAGGAUGGAGGAGAGUAUGAUGGCUGGUGCUGGCCAGGUUCAUCCAUCUGGCCAGAUUUUCUAAAUCCAGAGAUUAGAAAAUGGUGGGCAAGUAAGUUUGCAUAUGAUCAAUACAAAGGAAGUACUCCAGAUCUCUAUAUCUGGAAUGACAUGAACGAACCCUCAGUCUUCAAUGGACCAGAAAUCACCUUCCACAAAGAUGUGAAGCAUUUCGGAGGCUGGGAAAACAGAGAUAUCCACAAUCUCUAUGGGAUGUAUGUGCACCAUGCUACAGGAGAAGGUAUCAAGCUAAGGUCCAACAAUGAGCAGCGACCUUUUGUAUUGUCUAGAGCUUUCUUCGCUGGAUCACAGAGAUCAGGAGCCAUAUGGACAGGAGAUAACAUGGGUGAGUGGUCUCACCUCAAGGUCUCCAAUCCCAUGAUUCUCUCCUUAAACUUGGUUGGCAUCACAUUCUCUGGAGCUGAUGUUGGGGGAUUCUUCAGGAACCCUGAACCAGAACUCAUCGCCAGAUGGUACCAGGCUGCAGCAUUCCAACCAUUUUUCCGUGCCCAUGCUCACUUAGACACCAAGAGAAGAGAACCUUUCCUGUUAGAUGAAAGGCUGAUGAAAGUGUCUCGUGAUGCCAUACGUACCCGCUAUACUUUCCUGCCUUUCUGGUAUACCCUCUACUACUUUGGUGAACGUGAUGGUGGACCAAUAGUAAUGCCUCUGUGGGUUGAAUAUCCAGAAGAUAAAUCUACAUUCCAAAUGGAUGACCAAUUUUUACUGGGAACAAGCCUUUUAGUGAAACCUAUAACAGAGGCAGGAGGAAGUGGCACCAGCGUCUAUUUCCCUGGACAAAAUGAGAUAUGGUAUGAUAUUCUUACUCAAGAGACUUACAAUGGUGGGGCAUCAGCUUACAUCAAUGCUGCAUUGGAAAAGAUUCCAGUAUUCCAGCGAGGUGGAUCUAUCGUUCCUAGAAAAAUGAGAAGUCGUCGAUCCUCUGGACUCAUGCACAAUGAUCCAUUCACAUUCGUUGUUUGCCUCAACAAAAAUGGUGAAGCCAAUGGAGAUGUGUACGUUGAUGAAUAUGAUUCAUUCAAGUACAGGAAUGGUAAAUUUAUCCUCAAGAAACUCACAUUUAAAGAUAAUGUUUUUGAAAGCAGUACUGCCGAUCCAAGUGGCACAUUAAGUACCAAAGAAUGGAUAGAAAGAAUUGUCAUUGUUGGUUAUCCAAAGCAACCAACAGCUGCCACUUUAAAAUCAGGUAAAAAUACCAUCGUGUCAUUGGAUACAGUAUAUGAUUCAAAAACAAAGACGGUGACAGUAAGAAAACCAGGAAUCAAUAUAGCCGAAGAUUUUAUUAUCAAGCUCAGUUAAUUGUCAGGUGUUACUAUUUUUGUACAACAGAAGUAGUCUCAAAGCUUAUCUAAGCCAGCUGAUCGUGUGAUAAUUCAUUCCACUGAUUAUUAUUAUAUACCUGUCAUAUUUUUCAUUUUUCUAUCAUGUCUAAAUCUAAAUUCUAAAUAUAAAGAUGUAGAAAAUCCUUUGAGGAGUGUAUACAAGUAUUGCAGAAUGAUGGUAAAGGAGCUUCUUCACACAUUAACCAUGGAUGAUCUUAUCUCUUAUGUAAGCUUACAAUGAUGGUGUUCAGUAACGUUGAAAACCAUAAUCCUCAACAUUUUAUAAAACAUAUUAAAAGUGUGAAUACUUCAAUAUUUAAAUUCAACUGUCAAUUUCAAUUGUUUUUUCCUUCGUUUAUCCAAGUCUAAGUAAAAUUUGUAUCAGUUAAACAUGUUUUGUGUGACCAAUGAUAAACAGAAUCUUAGACUAGGACCCAUUACAUCAGACUUACCGUAAUCUUUUGUAACACAGGAUCUCGCCUGAGAUCCUCUAUUUAUUUUAUAUAGUGCUAUUGUGUUUACACAGUGCUUUUCAUCUGGUCUUAAAAAUCAUUUAAAAUUUUGUACAUUUACUGAAUGUUAGUCAUAAUGUAAUCUGUUUUGAAGUGAUUCAAGUAGGAUGUGUGUGGAUCAAGCUGAAUAACACUCAUAGUCACAUUUGAGUAGGCAAGUUACUUUAAAUGCUAUAUAACAUACUAGUUAUUAGAUUGAUUUACUUGAAAGUAGUGUCAUUAUUAUAUUUUUCAUUAUUAUUUAUAUUAAAAAAGUGCUAAUUUCAUAUGUUCGAAGAACAGGAAAACAAAGCAAUUCUCUUUGUGUCAGUACAGAGUUAAGUUUAUUGUUGUUGGGAUAUUGGUUCUCGGUGGUGAAAGGGCAACUGUGUACUAGAUUUUUGACAUAUCAUUUUUCAAAUCUGUUGAAUGAUGACAACGAUGAAAGUCUUUUUGAAAAUAUAUACCCAUGAAUCUCCUCGUAGAGCUACCUGAUUUUGUAAGGCUCGGGAAGGAGAAAUUAGACCAUACUUUACAUCCAGUCAUUUUUUCCAUUGCGGACCAAUCAGAAAUCUGAUUUAAUUAAAAAUUGCAGUGAAUUUUUUACAGCUUGUACGGGUAUAAAUGGUUGAAGGGAAAUCCAUUUGAAAACAAAAAAGGUUUAAAUCAUUUUUUUAGCAUUACCAUAGAAAUGGUGUCGAGAUACAAUGGAAAUCAUAAUUGGUAUGCAUCGUCCAUUUUUACCCAGCCAAAUAAUACCAUAUAAAGAAAACCAAUAUUGUUUGAAAUAAGACCCCUGUAAACCAGGAGGUAUAGAAAUAUAUAUAUAUUUCACGUAAUGGCUUAUUCAGAAAUAUUUUAUUCAGGAUAAAGAUGUACCUAUUUGAUGCACUGGUAAUCAAUGGUUUAGUUUUAUCAGCAUUUUGUAUUAAAAUGAAAAAAUCAAGUGCAUUUCGUGAGUGCAUGUAAAAAUCUACAUGAAAAUAACUAAGAGAUUUUCUUUAAUUAUAAAUCAGAUGUUCGUUUUUAUUGUGAAUGGUGUCGUUGAAAUACUAAGUACAUUAUACCAUGUUUACAGUCAUUGUGAAAACUUGUUGACUGUUAUCUGUUUGGUGCAUUGUAAAAUAUGUAUUAUUGUGUCAAAAUACAUUUACAGUGUUCAUGUAUUUUCCUACUUUUUUCUGAUUAGAAAUAACAGAUUGGUGUUGUCUUGAUCUGUAAGGAAAGUCUAGCAUUGUUCCAUGGCUACUAAUACUUGAUGAGGACAACUUGGUUAGAUACUGAACACACUUAAGAUUUUAGUAUUAAUAAGGUUUAAGUAAGAGUCUGAUUAUCUGUAUCAAUAUUGGCCUCCAAGGUAAAACUGAAAAUCGUUCACUCUUCGUUAUAUUUUUUCCAUCAGUGAUAAUUUCAUUAUGAUACUGUUUUGAUUGCAAAACUGUGGUAUCUUAGAGUGUUUAAACAUGUUCUAAGUUGUUAGAUUUAAAUUGUUGUAUCAUUAAUAUUGCAUUGAGUGAAAAUGACUUCAGAUGACCAUUUGUGUCUGCAUGGCUGUUGAAGUGAAUUAGAAUGAAUGAAUUGUCUGUGUUGGCCAGUUGUAAUACAUGUAUAUAUAUGUGUACUAUACUGCAUAAGAGUUCUAAUAUGUAUAUAAUUUCAUUCAGUAAUCCGUAUUGAUCCUGUAAAACAGUGCUCUACACCAAAUUCCUCUAAUGCAAUGUCUUUAUUCACAGCUGUUCAUUCCUUACAGUUGUAAUCAGGAUUGUAUCUUUAAGAGAGAAAUACACCAUUAUAAAAGAAGAAGAAUAUGAAAACAUGCGAUAUUGGGCUCUCUAGUUACAUUUUUAUGACUAACUUAAGUUAGAUCAACCAUCCCUUGAUAGGUAACUCCGAUAUAUAAAAUUGUUUACUGAAAAAAAAAUUGAGUGAAAUUUCAGUAUUUAACAAUAUUGUUGACUUAAUUGACACAAUCAAUAAAUAUUUUGCUGGCAAUGUCAGAUUAUUCAUUUUAUUUUGAUAAAUACAAAAUAUUAACAUGUUUAAUAAAUUCUAUAGAAAUGUAAAACAGUUAUAGUGAUUAUAUCUUCAGUUUGAUACGUAGUAGUUGUUUCUUUAUGUUGCACCUGUUUUAUAACAUAGUUGGUUGAUAAUGAGUGAAAUCUUCACAUACAUGUGAUGUAUAUUGUUACAGGGUACAAGCUGAGUGGUAGAUUGUUUUGUGAUCAUUAGUUAUCACUGUCUUUGCUUGAAUGUACAAAUAAAACCAUAAUUUCGUAAUUACAAAGAAUAUUUCAGUUAAGUAAUGUUGGCUCAGUUUUUACAAUUAGAUUUUACCACACUGAAGAUGAAACAGCCUUUUUUAUUGGUUUGUAGCCUGUUUGUUAACCUGCUGGUAACAUAACAACUGUUCUGAUUGGUUAAUGACCAUGUGACUGGAAAAUUGAACAUGCUCAACAAUAAAACAUGCACAUAUAAUGCCUGUUCCAAAACAUAUCCCAGCCUAAGUUAUAUCUACAUUGUACAUAUAAUUAUCUUUGUCAAGAGAGUGGCAAUGUUCAUCAGUCACUAAUUCAUAAAAAUGUUCUACCAGAACUAAGUAUGAUUGUAGCUGGAAGCUACUAGAUAUUUCACUCUGAGAGGUUGGCAACUCUGCUGUGUGAACCUACUACCUUCAGCUUAUGUGUUUGCAUUAGCAGUAGAUUAUAUGUCAUGUAUAAUAUAAAAUUUACACCUUACCUGCUGUCACUUGACAAGCAUUUCAAAUAUCUAGUCAUGUUAUAUAGGCCAGACAAAAAUCCAUCCUUUUAUGUUCAACAUCCAAAAAUAAAGAAAUAUAUAUAUAUAUAUAUAUAUAUAGUGGAACCAGAUUCUCCAUUAUAAAGUCACAUGGGUGAAAUAAUUCCUAAAAUUAUCUUCAGUAACAAGGAACUGAAAAAUUAAAUCAAGAAUUGUUUAAUGUGCAUUUUGUUUAUCUGCAUUCAGGAAGCUGAAGCGAGAAAGGUUGAUCUUGAAUGGAACAUUUGUAUACUGUAAAACUGCAGAUUCAGAGGUCUUUUUGCACUUGUCUUUUUUUUUUACCAGCAUUUCAAAUGUCCUUACAGAGGAUAUGAAAAUGGAAAUACAAAUUAUAUAAUACAUAAAACUAUGUUGUGCUUAAUAUUUAAGCUAGAUUUAUGGGUAAUUAGUUAACAUUGUCUCCUUUUGAAUUAUUUGUAUUUUCACCUACAAGAAAUGUUACCAUUGAAAUAUUGAAAACAUAAAAUUGUAUUCCAGAGACACCAUAUCAUAUCAUUUGUGGAUGUUUUGAUACAAAUUAUGAUAAAGUCUCAGUGAUGAUAAUGGAUCAUUAUAUCGAAUGUCAUUGAAACACUAACUACAUCAGGCCAAGAAGAAAUGAUCAUAUCCCAUAUAAAACCUUUCUAGAGGAAAUGAUUUAACUGGGUAGUACAUCUUAUGGUGCAAUAUUUAUCAUGGGAGACUUGAAAUACUCGAGAUAUCAGUAUUGUAAUGGAUAGCAAAUUCUGUUGUCGAUCAUUUUGCAAAAUUGUGUAGCUAGGUUUCUGCCUGUUUUUCAUUCUUUUCACAAAUAUAUGAUCUCUUAUACAUAUAUCAUAGCUAACAGAAAUGUUGGAGGAAAAUGAGGAGAGUUUCUAUUAAUUUGUGGGUGUACCUGUGGAAGAGCAGUCAUAAUUCACUUGUGUAGAUGUUAUCUGAUAAUAAUUAACAUGUAAAUCAAAUAUGGCAAUGUUACAAUUACAAAAUAAAUAGA